AUGACAGUUCUCAUGUUGAUGUUUAAAAUUUGCGGAGUAUUCUUGCUUGGUAGAAAAAGAUUUUGGAUGCUGUUUGUUUAGCUAAUUUCACUUGAAAAAGAAGCUUCUGAAUAAUGAGUGAACUUGAUUCUGAAUCGUCGAAUAGCUGCUCAGAGGAGGAUGAUGGAUCUGUCCAGAGUGGUUCCAAAUCGUUUACCUGUAAAGAAUGCGAUAAAGAGUUCCGCCUUAAAUCGACUUACGAUCGUCACAUAUCUACCAACCAUAAAUCGAAAGUGUAUCACUGUAAACAUUGCGACGCCGUUUUUCUUCAGUAUACUAAAUUACUUGCACAUUGCAAACUAAAGCACUAUGAUCGGUAUCAUCUUGAGUGCAGUGUGUGUAAAAAACGCUACCAGCACAACCAGCAUCUUCGCCGGCACUGGAGUAUGGAGCACCAAGCAACUCAUGGUCCAUAUAUCGAACCUGGAGCAGAGCUGCUGAAAAUGUUGGAAAUAAAAACUGAAGAUGAAGCUGAAAAUGAAGCAGCGACAAAUGAAAAGCACGAUUUUUCGGUUGAUCAAAUUUAUAUUAAAACAGAAUUCGAGUGCACAUCUACCCAACUUCUGGAAACUGAAGUUGGAGAGAAGUCGGUUGAUAAAGAAACACCCGAAAAAAGAGAAUCUAACCGUUUUGGAGCAACGGAUAACAAUUUUGAAGAUCAUGGUAAUGUCGGACGUGAACAGGAUUGCAUAAAUGAUGCCCCCGGAAACAGCAAUGUGAGAGAUUGGUUGGCUGCACAAACAGAGACCCGAGGGAGACAAAAACAUCGGAGGAAUUCAACCGUUUCGGAUGUUUCAAAACGAUCAAGCCCUGGUCCGGGAUCAUCUGACAUGUCACUAAAAUGCAGAAAAAGACGCAGUGGCGGUGCCACGAAGGGAGAAAUAGCCUCAAGAUUUAUUAAGCGUGAUGGCGACAGGGGGAUUUGCAACAUGGACAACGAACUCGGCAAUACGUGCACCUACGUACAGCGGAAGUUAGAUAUCAAUAACUUUAUACGACACUUCCGAACGCAACAUCCCGAAAGAGCCUACAUCGAAGGGUUGCAAAUGGAAGGGGAACUGGUACCGAAAAAACCGAGGAUUAUUUCGAAACGGCUAUGCGCCAUCGAUAAGUCACUGCUUAUUGAAGCCUCAAUAAAGUUGGUUACAAAUCAUUACCUUCCUGUAUCCUGCGUGGAGUGGGAAGCAAUGCGCAUGAUUUUCGAUCCUCUGACAGUAGCGGUAGGUAUGACGAUGGAUACCAGGAACCUCGAAUGCCACCUGAAACUCAGUGCGAGAAAAAUUAAAGAUACGAUCGUCAGUGAAAUGAAGGGGUGCUUGAUUUCGUUGAAAAUAGAUUCUGUGUCACGUCAUAAUCGGCACGUGCUAACCAUUUCGGCUAGGUAUGCGAUCGAAGAUAAAAUCGCCACGCGAACCUUGGGAAUAAUUGAAGUCAAACUCGGGCAGACCACAGCUUUUGUAAAAGAUCAGAUAAUGUCGAUGAUUGGAAAUUAUGGCUUGACCAGCGAUCAAAUCUUCUCCGUGACGUGUGACAACGGGGCCAAUAUGCUGGGAGCAGUGCGGAAGCUGAAACAGGAGUUUGAAGCCGAUCUAACAGAAACAAACAUCCAGAGCGACGAAGAUCAUAGAGAACAGCAGGAAUCGUUUACGGCGUCAUUGAGCGACCAGCUGCAGAAACAUUUUAAUAUCAUCCGCUGCGCAGUUCAUGCGUUACAGUUGGCAAUUUCGGAUGUGGUCAACAAGUUCAAUGAAGGAGUACAAAAACUUGCGGACGUUGCUAGAAAAUGCAAAUCGGUGAAAUACACUAAGUUUUUCGAGCGUCAUUGUGCCAGUUAUCCUCCGGUGUGGGGACAGACGAGUUGGGAUGGAAUCUAUCUCAUGAUUUCCAAAUUUUUGGAGCAGCGCUCGUUUUUCGAUAAACUUGCCAAGCAAUUUCAGGAGCUAGAUCUCUCUGACAGCUGGAAUUUUGCUGAGCAAUAUGAAGCAGCUUUCAAACCGCUGUACACAUUGACUGAAGACAUGCAGACAGAACAUGUCUUUUUGUCCGAUUUCUAUCUGCAGUGGAUUGUGGCUACUCAGAAGGUCAAAAAAACCGAACCGAACCUUUUUGCUGGUGAACUGGUUGCUAACAUGAACAACCGUUUGCAGAACUUGCGAAGCUCACGAGCUUUCAAAAUGGCCUUAUACCUAGACCCACGACUAAAUUUUGCGGGCUCGAAGCUUUUCACCCACGAGGAAAAGGAGGAGAUACAAGGCUACAUCGCUGAUACUUGGAAGGCCAUUCAAGGUAUUCGUUUCCCUAAGUCGAAAUCUUGCGAUCUGCCAACAUCAAGUGUCGAAGAGGACGAAAACGACACUUUCAUCACGCAGCUUUUCGGGGGAUCUACAGCAACCAAAUCUACCGGACAGGAGACCGGUUUCUUGCAACAACUGAAAGCCGUUGAUGUUGAGCCAAGACGAAGCUUCAAUUUUGAUGUGUGGAGGUUUUGGCUGGGGCGAAAGGAAACCCAUCCGGAACUCAGCGCCGUGGCUUCGGUCGUGUUGGCAACGCCAUCUAACCAAAUGUCGAUAGAGUGUGCGUUUAGUGCUUUGGAACAGAUAGUAACAAACUCUCGAUCGACACUUUGGGAAGACACGCUUCAAUACCUACUGCUAGUGAAGCUGAACAGCGAGAUAUUCGAUAAAAUAUUAUCAGCAGUUUGUAGGGAAGGAGUACAAUAAUUUCUGUAUCUUUAUUUUAUUAUUAUUUUUAACAUACAACAAGAGUAAAUUAUAUGAGUCUAAAUAAGAGAAGAAAUGAACUUUUUUUUGCUAACAAUCACAUUAAAUUAGUUUAGUUAAUUAUUAAAUUAUCCCAAAAUUUAGUACAUACAGCUUAUCGAUUGGA